CUCAUGCUGAUACGUGGCGUCUUUUGUAAGCAUGGAGCAUGUGUGCAGUAGUAGGGACCACAGUUCUCACUUCCUCCUGGUGCUUUGAUAAGCACAAGAUAAGUAGAUAAGACUGUCAUCAUUUAAUAUAUGAAUGUGCCAAAUACCAAACGCAUUCAGAACUAAUUCCUCUGAAGCCAACAAUGAUGUGACAUGGAUAAAUUUGAUGCUUAUUGAAACAAUGGCAUUUAUCUGAUUAGAAAUCAGCCUGUAAAUGUUUGCCAGUUAUGGCUCAGCAUUGCCUUUGAAUACGAUUUGUUCCAGAGAUAAAAGUGCAGCACCAUCUCGUCAUUGCUGCGCAGAAAGCACUGGGACACCCAGUAACAGGGGAGUGGGAGGGCUGGGGUACUCACGUAGCACAGUACUACACUGUGGUUAUGCUUAAGCCUAUCAGAUAUUUCUAAAACAGAGUGAAUAACUAUGAAACCAGGAAUGCCCUCCAAACUCCAAAUAUUUAUGUAGUCUCAGCCAAGCUACUGAGCAAAAUAUUCACUUAGGAGAGAUAACAAAUGGGAAAAGAGGAGGAGGAGGAAUAAAUAAAAGGAAAGCAUGUGCGUGAUGCUUGCACAUUGUACCAUGCUCCCACAACUAGCGAUUCUGAGCAGAUUAAGUUGACAAAGCUGACGACAGAAGCACUGAGGUGUAAAACCUGUUCUGGGAGAGAGCUGCAAGAUUUGCUUUUCCUUUCUACUAAUGUGUUACUGUCCUGUGCUUUAGCUGCUGUGGUCUUCUACUACACUACUUUCAAGUGUCCCCAUGGGCAGAACAGGACAUCUGGGGGCAUGUCUGAACAGCCUUCUCUGCUGAUUUUUCUUCCUACCAGAAAAUGAGCUAUAAUCUCUUCCUUCUGGCUUUUGUCCUGGGCAUUGGUGGAGCUUUCCAAUAUGGGUUGCAGAUCUCCAUUAUCAACUCUCCUGCCGAGUACAUCCAAAAUUUCAUACGUGAGACCUGGCUGAAGAGAUAUGGAUCUUCUCCUAGUGAAGAGAUAAUUACUUUGAUGUGGUCCUUCAUUGUGUCCGUUUACACCAUUGGUGGUCUCCUGGGCUCCAUAUCUGUCAGAUACCUGUCUGUUACAUUUGGAAGGAAGAAGUCCAUGCUGCUUGCCAACAUCCCUGCUCUGUUGAGCGCAACUCUCAUGGCACUCAGUCGACUGUCUGGGUCCUUUGAAAUGAUCAUCAUUGGGAGAUUAUUUGCUGGAGUGGGUGCAGGUUUAGGUCUGAAUAUCCAUAUCAUGUAUGCGGGGGAAUGUGCCCCCCAGAAGCUGCGUGGGGUGACUGCCAUAACUGCUUCCACUUCCAUUGCUGUGGGAAAGUUUGCAGGAUUUGCUCUGGGUCUCAGAGAAGUUCUGGGUGUAGAAGCUCUGUGGCCCGUUCUCAUGGCAUCAAAUGCAGUUCCUGCCCUCAUUCAGCUGCUCACUCUCCCCUUCUUCCCAGACUCUCCCCGCUACCUGCUCAUUGACAAAAAGGACAAGGAGGGUUGUAUCAAAGCUGUGAAGCAGCUCUGGGGCGAUGGUGACUACAUGGCUGAAGUGGAUGACAUGACUGCAGAGCAAGAAGCCAUCCGUGGGGAGAAAUCUAAGAGUGUCUGCGAUCUUAUUCGUGACAAAUCUGUCCGUUGGCAGUUCAUCACUCUCUUUCUUGUCUGCUCAUGCAUGCAGCUCAUUGGAGUCAAUGUGGUUUACUUUUAUGCAUACAAUGUCUUCUUAAAAGCUGGGCUCUCCCCUGCCCAAACCCGCUAUGUCUCCCUGGGAGUUGGGAUCACUGAGAUCCUCACCACAGCUCUGUGUGGCUUCCUCGUGGACCGUGCUGGGAGGAAGGCACUGCUAUGGAAAACCUACACUGCUAUGGCCUUGGCCUUAGGACUUCUCACUGUCACACUUGCUCUACAGGAUUCUUUCUCCUGGAUACCAUAUUGUUCUGCUGCACUCAUUUUUAUCUUCAUCAUGAGCUUUGGACUUGGGCCAGCUGGAGUAUUAUGUCCCCUGCCCACAGAAAUAUUUAUUCAGUCGUACAGACCAGCUGCUUAUGCUUUUAAUGGUGCUUCAAACUGGAUUCAGCUCUUCUUUCUUGGACUGUUAUUCCCUUUCAUUGUGGAAGGCCUUGGUAGUUUUUCUUUCAUCAUUUUCCUAGCAUACUGUCUGUCCAUGGCUAUCUUUGUCUACCUGGUAGUGCCAGAGACCAAAGGAAAGACCAUGCUGCAGAUCAUGCAGGAGUUCAACCGCCUGAACUACCGCGUAAAGAAGGGACAGGCCGCCCUGCAGCAGAAUAACUGCUCACUGACAACUGUUACUAGACUUUAGUAACAAACUCUCCACUCCAAAUUCUGUUUUAUUAUUACUAUUGUACCCAGAAACCUCACUAAACAAAAGAGAUUCUAUUGCUCCCAGACAGUACAACCACAUAUUAAAAAGCAGCGGCCUGAUGUGCAGUGUGCAGGAUGAUCUUGAUGGUUCUCUCCAACUGCAAUAAAAAAAGAUGAAAUGCUCAGCACAAAAGGAAAGGAGAAAAGAAAGAGAAAGAGAGGGA